UUAUCCCAAUUCAACCCGAAUCAAUUUCACAGAAUUUCUCAAGUUUCCAUCAUCAAUGGCUUCCCGUGAAAUCGAGGUAACCGUGAUAUCGGCAAAAGAUCUGAAAAACGUGAACUGGCGCCACGGCCGGGUCAAACCAUACGUCGUCAUUUGGGUAGACCCGAAAAACAAGUGCACUACCCGGGUCGACGAAGAGGGUGACACAUGUCCUUACUGGGACCAGACCAUUACUAUCCCGUUAACCGCCCCGAUCGACGAAACCACCCUCUACAUCGACAUCGUCCACGCCGGCGCCGAACAAGACACCAAACCCCUCAUCGGAUCCGCUAAACUCCCCCUCCACCGUGACUUUUUCAAUGAUCCUGAACAAGCGAUUCGCAAACUCGAUCUAAAGAGACCCUCCGGCCGCCCUCAGGGAAAGAUCGAAAUCUCCGUCCGCGAAGUCCGCCGGUAUCCUGCUCCGGAUCCGUACUAUGCCCAAUCAUAUGGUGCGGGAAAAACAUCAAUUGAUUACUCUCAGCCUCCUCCUCCUCCUCCUGCUUACAGAAAUCCAUACGGUUACGAUCAGUCGUACGGACAGGGACAGCCUCAGUCGGGUUACGGUUACGAUCAGUCGUACGGACAGGGACAGGGACAGCCUCAGCCGGGUUAUGGAUACGGUGGCCAGUCGUACGGGCAGCCUCAGACGCAGCCGGGUUAUGGAUACGGAUACGGUCAGGGGGGCGGGGGUUACGGUAGCCAACAGGAUCCGUAUGGGCAGCAGCAGGUUGGAGUGAAGAAAGAGAGCAAAUUUGGAGGUAUGGGGACGGGAUUGGCUGUGGGUGCGGUUGCAGGGGUAUUAGGUGGACUUGCUCUGGCGGAAGGAGCGGAAUACGUGGAGGAUAAGAUCGAAGAUGAUGUGGCGGAGAAGGUGGAGGAUGAUCUCGCCGCCGACGACGACUACGGCGACGAUGACUUCUAGAAGAAACUGCAUGCUCUGUUUACCGGUGGUUGACGUUGACGACGGUUGCUUUUUCCUUUUUUUAUGCUAAAUAAAUGAAAAUUAUUCUUCUUCUUUAAUUUUUGUUUUUCUUCGUAAAGAGUAUCUUUCGCAAUUGUUUGAUUCGAGAUGUUCUCUUGAUUUCCGAUCAUAAUAUAAUAAUAAUAAUAAUAAUAAUAAUAUUUUUAUUUUUAA